UUAUAGCAGAAAGAGGCAAAAGUAACUAAGCAUCGUGAGGACUCUCAUUAAAUUUUAAAAAUAUGUCCUUCCAAGAUAAAGUUGUUUUGGUAACGGGAGCCAGCUCUGGAAUAGGAGCCGCGAUAGCAGAGAAAUUCGCUUCUGAAGGAGCUAAAGUAGCGAUAGUAGCAAGAAAUACAACAAAAUUAGCCGAAGUAUCUAAAAAAUGUGAAAAAGUUGGCAGCAAACCACUCGUGAUAGUAGCGGAUGUCACUACAGAGGAAAGUGCUCGAAAAGCGGUGAGUCAAACCAUCGAUCAGUUCGGCAAGCUAGAUGUACUAAUCAACAACGCGGGUAUCGUUAAAAACUGCGGUAUAUUGGAUGAAGAAGCGAUUGAAACUUUUGAUCUCAUCAUGACUACAAAUCUGAGGUCAAUCGUUUGUUUCACUCACAUUGCCGGUCCUCACAUUGUUGCAUCUAAAGGCAACAUCAUCAACAUAUCGAGCGUUGCUUCAUUGGGUGUUGUAAUGGACAAAGCAUUUGCGUACUGCACAUCAAAGGCAGGUUUAGACCAUUUCACUAGAUGUAUAGCGUUGGAAUUAGCGCCAAAGGGUGUCAGAGUAAAUACUAUCAACCCUGGGAUUGUAAAGACUGAUAUCAUAUCAAACUGGAUGGGCUUGGACAAAGCUACGCAAGAUGCUGUGUAUGACAAAAUGGAAAAAUCGAGUCCUUUAGGAAGAAUUUCUUCAUCUGAAGAAAUAGCCGAUUUGACACUAUUCUUGGCAAGUGAAAAAGCUAAGAGUAUUACAGGAUCUUCGUAUGUUAUUGACAACGGUGCAAUAUUGUCACCUUCUGGUAGUGGGAACGACGAUCAAGCUAUAAUAAGCUCACGGUGAAGAUUACGGCGGUUGUACUCGUCGCUCGACGUUCGUCAUACACGGGCGUGCCAUUUUAUUUAUAUUUAUUUUACGGAAAAUGCUCGAUUUGUUUUCGGUUUUGUGACGAUACUCUGAGAAUAUUUUUUCUUGUUCUCUAUAUGCAUGGAUUUUCUCGAAAAUAUUGUAUUUAUUUGCGACGAUGCAUGCGUAAAUCCAUUUUGACGUCCGCCCACUGCAACAACGUUAAUUUUUCUAAGUAAUCUAUGAAUAAUAAUAUGUGUUUUUUGUAUUUAUAAUAUAUUGCUAGAAAAAGCGAAACUAGUGCAUCCGCACUUCGCCGACUUUAUUACUGUCAUCCCGCGGUAUUAUGGCAGCGGGAGCAGGGAGUGAACGGUAUUUACACUCUAAUUCAAAUUUUAUAUAUUUAUUUACAUAUUAGUACCUGUACUUUUAAAUGUUAACUAGAAUUACGUACAUAUUUAUGAACGAAUGGUGUAGGUUAUACAUUUAUAUAUUUCUAUUACUUAUAUAUCUUUUCUAUUUGUACAUAUUAUAAUAUAACUGUUUGAUCUUUUUAAUAAAUAAGAUGUAUAAAAUAUAUAAAUUGGAUUUUAUAUUUGCUCUACAUAAUUAUGUAAUUUUAUUAAGAGGCCCGUGAGUUGGUUACUUGACUGAUGUAACAAUUAAAAAUUAAAGAUAUUGUAUAAGUGGAUUUUUGAAACCCUGGUAGCAAGGGAAAACUACCUUAACCACUAUAGCUACAAACUUUCUUAUGGAACUGUCCGUCAUUUUUGAAGAUAUUAAGAUCUGCAUUCACAGAUUUUUAACAAAAUGUACAGUCCGUACAAAAAUAGGCCAUCAAUAAACUAAAUCUAUGACUUAUUUUAAUCCCCAUUAGCAUUAGCUUUUGACAGGAAUGUUGCUGUCAACAAAAACAUUAUGAAUAAGUUAGCAAGGCCAUAGUACACCAUAGUGCCUUUGUCAUAAUCGCUUUCUCCUUUGUUAUUUUGUAUCUGUUGAUUACAAGAACCGAAACGUAGGCGACCAUAAUUUGGCACCGUGUGACGUUAUAAAAACUCUAUCAUCGUCCAAAGUAUAACAUCAAAGAGCAUUAAAUAUACUUUACACAAGUGUAAUUACAGGUGCAUAUAACUUGAUCGCAAAACUGUUCGUGUAGUAUUAUAAUAUGACUAACAAUAUCAACCCCGUAUUACAUAAAAUCCCUAGUCAAUGGCCUACGACUCAGAUCGUUUAGGUCUAAGACCAUGGUUGCUCAAUCCAGGCCUGUGAGCCAUACUAGGACCCACGGAUGAGUUUUAUCUGGUCUAGGUAAGCUAGUAAAAAAAUUCCUGCAAGUUGAUAAAGUGUCCCUGGCGCGGAAAGAACGAGUUACACUGCUAUGAAACAUUGAGUUGUUUCCCCUUACUUAAUAUUGAAUGGUCAUUACACUAUGUGGUCAUAACAGAAAUUAAAAUCGGAAUCGGCAGUAACGCCCAAAAAUACCUGAAUCGCCCAUUUGGGCCGACGAUAAAAAAUUUGAGCAGCUCUGCCUUAGAGCAUCAAGCUGGAUUAAUGCGGGGUGGCUGACUUCAGAUAUAUCAGAACUUUUAAGAGGACUUCUUAUGUAUUCCUUAACCCUAAGGAAUAAAUAAGAAGUCCUUUCUGUCACCGUUAAAGCGAAGGCUAAUUGUUAAUGAAUACACUCGUAUCUAACUUCGGAAAGUCACAGCGAUACGCCUCAAGUACCACGUGUAACCUAACCCUAGAUGGGAAUUAAACGAAAAGCGGUUUUUGCUGCAACGAUAGUCAUAAGUUCAGAAUCCAAGGCUCUCAGACUGCAUUACUCAGUCUCACAAAUUGUAUGUUCAUUUCAAAAAUUAAAGAGGUAAAAUAAAAUUGAAAUUGCUCUUUG